AUGGGUGACGAGGAGCCUCUGCAAGAGGCUGACCCCAGUCUGUCGUGGCAGGAUUUACCUGAAUGUGUCAAGAAGGCUCUUGAUCAGGAGUCGCGACAGCCUUCUCCCGAGAUUUUGUCGAACUUGUUUUCGGAUGAUUCAGACAUCAAAGAUUUUGUGGAAUCACUGGGACUUACAAUGGGCUCGACUGAAUGGUUCAGUGCAUGCGAGAUUCUUGAAAAGGUCUGUGCUGAUGUAUCACAGGCUGCAGAUCGCGUCGUGAGGACUAGAGCUGUGCAAGGUCAGCUGGCGCAAACGUCCUCAUCGAUUUCAGCUGGGCCUCAGCAGCAGCUUGAAGUAAGCACUGGAUGGCUUCAGACAAGGGCCGGUGCAAAGAGAUCUCUUACAUCGUGGCCGUGUAGGUUGGCCAAGAAACUUGCCCUGGCUAAGCACGAUCGUGCGAGGGCCGAUGCUGAGGCUGCAGAGCUCCGACGCUGGAGGCGGGCUUUAGCGAAGGAGCUGAAAAGGGCUUGUAUGCCGGUAUGCUCAAUGGCAGGUUACGCUCUUGAUAGCCAGGCUGGUGCCUGGCUUUUGCAUAGUGAUUGGCUGGCUGCCGGAUAUGAGAUCUGGGCUUCUGAUGGAUUUGCCUUCUCCAGAGAUUAUCUGGUGCCUCGGCCUACCAAGGGACUGACUUCCUGCCUGCCAGUCAUGGCGAGCUAUGUGGAUAUGUCAACGAUGUCCAAGCAGCUCCUGUGGGAGCUAAAGCGGCCGGAGCUGACCGAGGCUGGGAGUGUGCGUCAUACUGAUGUUGCGCUUUUCGAGGAUCCGAGUCUUGAUGAUUUGUUUCAGGCGCUACAGAGGGCCGGUGUCGAGAGCUCGGUGCGCGACAGGGCUCUUGACCUCUUGCGGCCGUUGGAGGGCUGGGUCGAGUUUCGGGCCCAACAUCUCGCUGAAAGCAGCGGGAACGGCGUCAAGCCUGGUGAUCUUGUGAUGCCUGCCAGUACUCCUGAGGGACAGCAAGCAGCACAGGCGGACGCUUCGGGAUCGGAGGACUUCUCCUCCAGCACCUCCGAUGAGGCACAGACCUCAGGAGAGAGCUCGAGCGAGGUCGAUCGUGCUCAUAUUGAGAGUGCUACUGCUGCUUGCAAGUGUACGUCAAGGGAUCAUGCAUCCACUUGCAAGUGUACGCCAAAGGAUUGUGAUCUCGAGCUGGGAAAGGAACGAUCAGGCCUCAUGGAGCCGGAGCCUGCUUCAGAGCCGUCUGCUGAGCUUCACGAGAGGGAAAGCACAGAUGAUACUUUCUUGCUGCUUUCUGACCAUGUGUGGGAGCUAGAGCAGCGGGUGGCAGUUCUGGAGCGGCGACUGAUUGCGGUCGACCCGGUGCCUAGGGAGGAUCUUCGGCGAGAGAUCACAGGGAUCUCACGAGCCUUUUUCGGGCUGGCCGAUAGGGUAUCGGGCCUGGAGCUUCGUGUCACUGAGCUGGAGAACGUCUCUCAAGGACUCGAUUCGCCUCCACAAUCCGACAUUUCUUUCCUCUAUCUAUUCGCGGGAGAGUCUCGCCGGGCUGACUUGAAAUCAUUCCUGGCGGCUGCCUGCGAGAAAGCCGGGCUGUCAUUCCGCUAUCAGGAAGUUGAUAUCGGGGAGUCGGCUCCGGAUGUUCUUUCAGACUCUUUUUGGUUGAGAUUGCUCAAUCAAGUUCGACGACAUGAAUUCAAUCUUCUUUUCAUGAGCCCGCCAUAUUCUACAUUCAACCGGGCCACGUUCGUCAAUCGCACAGGACCACCGCCUCUGCGGAACUCGGACUGGCCGGAAGGUUUUCCCUGGCUAUCCGGUGUAUGGAAAUCCAGAGCAGAGGCUGGAACGAGUUUGGUGCGCCGGGUAUUGUCCUUAGCCACCCUGGCCACCAAUGAGCAUGUACCCUGGUUGAUCGAGCAUCCGGAAUUUUUGGGUGCUACAGCGGCUGGCACCCCUGCUUCAAUUUGGACUUGGGAAGAAGCUGUUCGUGUUUUCCAGGAGACUCGCGCCACUUCGGUGGCCCUUCAUCUUUGUGCCUUCGGCGCCGCUCAGAGGCGGCCGACACGAUUAGCUGGAACCUGGCACGGUCUACGAUCGGUUGGUGUGGCCGGUUGGCCGCGACUCGACCCUCAGCAGCACUAUCGAGGGCCGUUGUCUCGCAAAUGCGGGCAUGCACAUGCCCCUCUCAUCGGUACCGACGAAAAUGGUCAUUUUCUCGCCGGGCCGGCUGCUUACCCUUCGGGCUUCUGUGAAGCGCUGGCCAGUAUUGCGGUUCUCACCUUCAGGCAAAGAGUGUCCUCCGAAUCGGUGUUGGGGGAGGGGCAAGCUCGUUCUUCAGACACUCUUGAGAAUGCGACUUCGACAGCUGUGGUCCACCAGGCUGAAGCUCUGGCACUGCGUUUGCAACACUCGGCGGUCUCGAAGGAGUCUUUACUUCAGAUCUUCGACUUACUUCCCGGCGAAGAAUUGGCCCGAGAUGGAGUCACUUGGCAGGAUUCGAAAUCUUUUGCUGUCGGGGCUUAUGCCGUGGGCGGAUGGUCAUGUGCAGACUCCGACGAUCCUCGUCGGUGCCGGUGGUUUGCCGAGCGGAUCAAACCUGAAGAUGCUCCUCUCUUCUUUAUGGCGGGGGAGUCUUACCGUUCCAUAGCAUCCCUCGAACUUCUGGCCACCAUGGUGGCGGUGUUGCUCUUCGCUCCUACGGGAGCGGGCCCUUCGCGGACAGUCUGUUCAGCGGGGACAGACAAUAAGGGCAAUUCGCACAUUGUCUCGCGUUGGCUCACGACUUCAUUUCCAUUGGUGGCCGUAUUGAUGGAAUUAACUGCUGUGCUCCUUGAGAAGUCGUGCAUGCUCGAGCUCACAAGGGCACCACGCCUUCAGAACAUGCUGGCUGACUCUCUGACUAACGGGGAUUUCAAGCAGUUCGAUCCAAAGCUGAGGUUACGAUUUUCAUUUGCCGAAUACCAAGGUCUGGUUCUCAGGCCUCUUUUGCAAGCGGGCUCUGCAUUGUACGGUGAGAUUGCUGAGUGGAAAGAGAAGCGGGGUCCCAAGUCCCUGGGCGGAGCGUCCAAGAACACGCCUGCAUCUCAACAUGCAAGCUCCGCAGAUGCGAGGGUUGCAGCACGUGCUGCCGGUGCUGCGGGAGCUAACUCCCAGGUCCUGAACACCAGCACAGAAGGCGAGCUUGCCGAAGAGCACUCGCCUCUGCAGAAGGCACCACCAGAUAUCGAGGCAGGCUUUGUACAGCAGCCAGCCUUGGUUGCCGUCAAGCACCAUUGCUUUUGCACCGCAUCUUAUGAUACCUUUAAAGUGUGGCUGGAGGACAACGGAGUCGCGGUUCUGAUUUCCCACCGUGUCGCCGCCGCCAGCUCACUUCAGCACUGCAUUGUUGUUCCCGGCCGUCUCCUCCAUGUCAGGUUCCCCGUAGGACAAGGACGUCAGGCUCGUCAUGUCGACGUAGCGUGCUGCUAUCAAUGGAGUUGGGACGCAGAUCCUGCCAAACAGAGGCUUGACAAGAGGCUUUCAUACUGGCGAAGGCUCAACACUUUUGUGCAAGGCCUUCCGGCCCGAAAUGUCAAAUGCAUCGGUGGCGACUUCAAUUGUGCACUGAAGGCCCAGACGAAGCACAUCGGCACAGGGCUGCAUGCCUCUGACUUUGUUUAUCCGGAUUCCAAUGAUUUUACCCAGACCAUGAUUGCUGCCAACCUUUGUGCCCUCAACACUUGGGGUCCCAGCAAGGCUGCCUACACAUACCGCCUCGACGGCCAGUGCCCGAAGAGGAGUCAGAUAGAUUUCAUCUUUGCAUCCUUGCCGCAAACCGAUGCGCAGGCUAAGCAAGCCUGCACGGAUCGUGCCAUCAACUUCGCACCUUGGCGAGGACUCGACUCCUUGAGGCUAUCCGGUGCAAGGCCCACAACACCGGAGGACGUUAAUGCAGUCCUCUUGGGUCAACUGAUCUCGCCCGAGGCUGAACAUGAUGCCAUCAUACAGUACUACACUGGAGUUUUCAGUCGCGACGUGGGCGCGCGUUCCCGCCGGGAUCCGCUCCACCUGAGCUUUGGAAGAGGAGGCUUGCUAAGUAUCGACAUGAGCAAGGCGUUCGAUUACGUGAGCCAUUCGUACCUCGCGUCCUCGUUGAGGCACUUAGGCAUUCGCGAGGACACCGUGCAGCUGGAAGCAGGGAUGCAUGUCAAUUCCGAUAAGUCGUCACUCCUUCUCCGCUCCUCCGGCAGCACCCUCGCGAAGUGGGUCAAGGCGCGUACUUUCAGGCGCCGCGACCAAAAGUUCAUUCGACUUGGCACGCCCUUUCAGCCGAUUGAUGUCGCGCUAGCCAACACCAUCCCCUACUUAGGCACCGUCAUGUCUUUUGAUGCAUUCGAAACCCGGACAGCGGACCUGCGCAUUCGUCAGGCAAAAGCCGCCGUAGCCCGGCUUAGCCGAGUCCUUUUCAAGAAGCAAGGCAACCCCCGGAAGGAGGACAAUGAGUCCAUCGAAGUCAUUUUCCAGAAGUUUGGGUACACUGGUAUUGACGCUUUCCUUCUAGUGGCUUCAAGUCACACCUGCGUAGAACUCACGCUGAUCUAUGGGCAUCCCACUCUGAUCUUCUUGCCGAAAUCAAGCAUCAUCAUCGGCUCAAAUACCGAGGGUCCCAACAUGACGACGCCGGCAGCGUUAGUCAAGGAGAUGUUCGAUGGGAAGGGCACCGGCUACCGCCCGGACAAGCGCAUCCGCGAGGACACCGACAGCCAGAACUGGUUCCCGAACGCAGAGGACUACCAGCUCACCGACCAGAUAUCGGGGGAGGAAGUCCGUCGCCUGCUGGCCAUCCUAACCCGCCUUUGUCUGCGACAGGAGGACGACAUCGCCGCCACACGGGCAGACAGCGCCUUCCUUUUCUACAUGGAGACCAAGCCGGAGAUCUGCAUGAAGGCAGGCUGGAUGCAGGAGACGACGAACACGACCCCAUGCUGGACUUACGCGAAGUGGGACAGCGAAAAGAAGGUGAGCAUAGUGGACACGAGCAAAACACCGGUGGCCCACUCGAAGAUCCUCGACGCUGUAGCGCACAGCUUGAAAUUGCUCGGAGAUUCGAGCCUGAUACAUCGAUUCAGGGCGACCCGCCCACUCGCAGAGACUUACGAGUCCAACAUCCUCACGUUUCUGAUGCUUGUGAGCAACAGGGGCCAGGAGGCAGAAAAUCUCUUCUCCACGAUGGCCCUCCUGACAGAUUGCAAUGCCACCCAGCUUAUGCGCACCCGGUUUGCCAAGGAGAGACUUCGUCGCCAGCCGUUGGCACAGAUUCUUCAGCGCGAGGCGUACAACCUCCUCAGAGCAACGAAUCCGCACAGCAGCAACUCCAGCGGCCAUGCCUAG